AGUCUCACUCUGAUCAAUGGCAGAAAAAUGGGAAAACACUCUACUCUUCUCCUCUUCCAUUUUUCUCCUCCUCCUUUUUCUUUCCUCAGCCGUUUCUGACCCUUUACAGCUGCAAACCCUACUGCCCCGCCCUCUUCCUCAUCCGCCCACUUUAUCAUGGACAGACUCCGAACCCGAUUCACUCGCGGAAAUCGCCGAACUCAGCACUGUUAAUUCCAACACCACACUGGAAAUGCACUUAGAAUUGCACCACUUAGAUGCUUUUUCUUCCGAAGAGAUACCGGAGCGACUUUUCGACUUCCGACUGCAGCGCGAUGCGCUCCGUGCGGAUACGAUCUACUCCCAAGUUUCGAAUGCGGUUGCGCGUAAGCCUCCACGCGCGGGAAGCCGUUCUGGAUUCAGUAGCUCCAUUAUUUCCGGACUUGCUCAUGGUAGUGGAGAGUACUUCACGCGCCUAGGCGUCGGUACUCCGCCGAGGUAUCUUUAUAUGGUGCUCGACACUGGAAGCGACGUCGUUUGGGUGCAGUGUUCGCCUUGCAAGAAUUGCUACUCUCAGACUGACCCGAUUUUUGACCCUACUAAAUCACGCUCUUUCUCUGGCAUUCCCUGUGGAUCACCGCUUUGCCGUAGCUUAGAUUCAUCUGGAUGUAACCUGCGCCGGAUGUGUCUUUACCAAGUAUCUUACGGCGACGGUUCGGUUACUUUCGGCGAUUUUUCCACCGAAACGCUGUCGUUUAGAGGAAACAGAGUGGGACGCGUGGCGCUCGGUUGUGGUCACGACAAUGAGGGCUUGUUUGUCGGCGCAGCAGGUUUGGUAGGCCUUGGUCGUGGGAGAUUAUCAUUUCCUACCCAAGCCGGACGCAGGUUCAACCGGAAGUUCUCUUACUGUUUGGUCGACCGUUCCACUUCUUCUAGACCCUCCUCCAUGAUUUUCGGUGACGCCGCUAUUCCCCGAACCGCCGUGUUUACGCCUCUUCUAACAAACCCAAAGCUCGACACGUUCUACUACGUGGAACUGCUCUGGAUCAGUGUCGGCGGGACACGUGUCCGCGGCAUCACGCCUUCUCUGUUCAAAAUGGAUCAAGAUGGAAACGGAGGAGUCAUUAUCGACUCCGGCACGUCUGUCACCCGCUUGACCCGACCCGCUUACAUAGCACUGAGGGAUGCAUUCCGUAUUGGGGCUUCGAACUUGAAGCGGGCACCGGAUUUCUCAUUGUUCGAUACAUGCUUCGACUUGUCGGGGAAGACUACCGUUAAGGUACCAACGGUAGUGCUGCAUUUUAGAGGAGCUGACGUGUCAUUACCGGCGACGAAUUAUAUGAUUCCGGUGGAUAGAAGCGGAACCUUUUGCUUUGCGUUUGCCGGUACCAUGAGCGGUUUAUCCAUAAUUGGAAACAUACAGCAGCAGAGUUUCCGGGUGGCAUUUGAUUUAGGAGGUUCUCGGAUCGGGUUUGCCCCCCGUGGAUGCGCUUAAACACGGGUAUGAAUCGUUUAUGGUAAGGGAUAAAUAUGUUUCCCUGCCUUUAUUGUAAUGUAAGAAGGGAAGAAAAAACAAAAUGU